UGUACCUGCUGUUGUCAGCAGUGCUUCAUCCGGCAGGAAACGGGUGUUUUCACCGUGAAGCUCGGCGGAAGAGACGCAGCGGCCGCGCGGAGAGUUCUCUGGACGUCCCGCUCACGCCUCCCGGUGUAGAAACGCGUCUCACACGUCCGGUAUCCCAGGACCCAGACCGGGUGAGGGUCAGUCCGGUCUCACAGGAUCCAGACCUGGUUCUGGGUCAGUCCGGUCUCACAGGAUCCAGACCUGGUUCUGGGUCAGUCCGGUCUCACAGGACCCGGACCGGGUGAGGGUCAGUCCGGUUUCCCAGGACCCGGACCGGGUGAGGGUCAGUCCGGUCUCCCAGGACCCGGCCCGGUUGGUGGCGUGAUGAGCGGCGCCGCUCUGGGCCUGGUGAUCGUGGUGGUCUUGUUCCUGGCGCUGUUCCUGCUGCACCGCUACGGAGACUUCCGGAAGCAGCAGCGCAUGGUUCUGUUCGGCACGCUGCUGGCCUGGUACCUGUGCUUCCUCAUCGUCUUCAUCCUGCCGCUGGAUGUCAGCACGACCAUCUACAAGCAGUGCAGGAUCGACCAAGAGGCCCACGCCGCCGCUCCCACCGCCGGCCUCGCUCCGUCCAAUCACACGCCGGCUAACGCGACCGCCACGCCCACCAAGAGGAGCGUGCUGAAGCCCUGCUACAAGCCGUGGAGCUACAUCCCAGAUGGCAUCAUGCCCGUGUUCUGGAGGGUCGUGUACUGGACGUCUCAGUGCCUCACCUGGCUGCUGCUCCCCUUCAUGCAGUCCUACGCUCGCUCUGGAGGAUUCUCCAUCACCGGGAAGAUCAAGACGGCUCUGAUCGAGAACGCCAUCUACUACGGGACCUACCUGCUGCUCUUCGGCUCGCUGCUCAUCUACGUGGCCGUUCACCCCGAGUGGCACCUGUCCUGGUACGAGCUGCAGACCAUCGGGAUCACGGCGGCCAACACCUGGGGCCUGUUCCUGCUGGUGCUGCUGCUGGGCUACGGCCUGGUGGAGAUCCCCCGGUCCUACUGGGAGGCCUCGCGCCGCGGACACCUGCUCGUCAAGACCUACUUCAAGGCCUCCAAGCUGAUGACGGAGAAGGCGGACGCGGAGGAGAACCUGGAGGACGUCAUGGAGGAGGUGAGGAAGGUCAGCGAGGCCGUGAAGUACAACCACCCGCUGAGGAAGUACAUCGACACCGUCCUCAGGAAGUGUCCGGUGGACUACCAGGACAAGAUGGGCCGCAACAUGGACGACUACGAGGACUUUGACGACAAGCAGAACUCCUACACCAGCGAGAAGAGUCUGGUGAAGCUCCACAAGCAGGUGAUCUAUGCGGUCCAGAGACACAACAGGACUUGUGUCCAGUGGCAGAUCCUCCUGCAGCAGGCCAUCCACCUGGAGGACGUGGCCAAGAACGAGACCAGCACCACCCGCCAGUUCGUCCACAGCUUCCCGUCCCCGGAGCCGGCCGGCUGGGUCGGCCGGUACCUGUACACGCCGACUGUAGAGUGGUUCUGGGAGUGUCUCCUGCGGUGCUGGUUCUGCCGGGUCCUGGCGGUGGUCCUGGCCCUGUUCAGCGUGGCGGUGGUCUGGUCUGAGUGCACCUUCUUCAGCACGCGGCCCGUCCUGUCCCUGUUCGCCGUGUUCAUCCAGCUGGCCGAGAGGGACUACAACUACCUGUACAUCGAGGUGGCGUGCUUCGUCACCAUCUUCUUCCUGUGCACCUGCGUCUACUCCACCGUGUUCCGCAUCCGGGUCUUCAACUACUACUACCUGGCCUCGCACCACCAGACCGACGCCUACAGCCUGCAGUUCAGCGGCAUGUUGUUCUGCCGCCUGACUCCUCCUCUGUGUCUCAACUUCCUGGGUCUGAUCCACAUGGACUCCACCAUCUCCCACCAGCAGAAGGAGCAGACGGCGUACACCUCCAUCAUGGGCUCCAUGCGUGUCCUCUCCUUUAUCGAUAACGGCUUCUACAUCUACUACCCCAUGCUGAUCGUCAUCCUCUGCAUCGCCACCUACUUCAGUCUGGGGACUCGCUGCCUGAACCUUCUAGGCUUCCAGCAGUUUGUGGGCGACAGUGAGAUGACCUCUGACCUCAUCGACGAGGGCAAGGAGCUGAUCCGCAGAGAGAAGAGGAAGCGCCAGAGAACCGAAGAUGGAGAGAACAGACGGAGAGAGUGGAAGGAGCGCUAUGGCCACCAGAGGGAGGAUCAGUCUGCGAGGAGCCGGUCGAGUCACGAGUUGAAGGAAACCAGUUACUCUGACAGACAGGCUCAACAUGGCCGCUCCGGGCCGCGCCCAGAGAGAGACGGCGUGGAGCUGCUGCAGGACGCCGAGCCGCUGGACUUCAGCGCGGAGACUCGGAGCGACGACCCUCUGGAGGCGGAGCCUGGCAGACCCGCAGGAGGACGCUACCUGUCCAUGUCCUCGUCUCGGAGCCGGAUAUUCGACGACGUCUGAGGCGUGAACAGGAAGUGGAGGUGAACCGGAAGUGGAGGUGAAGUGGAGGUGAACAGGAAGUGCCUCCUGCAUGGUCCCGCUCCAGGAGGAACAUCUGCAUGGCGUCUCUUCACAGCUCUCCAUGUAUCUAUUCUCUGAUGAUCAAUAACUUCCUCUUCACGGCUGAUCAGGAAUCCUGAAUAUUCUGAGUUAUCAACCCAGAUCAAUCUAAUCAAUACCCAAUAGUUCAUGUUGUCACUUUAUUAUACGGCUUUUAUUUUGAAAACCAUCAGCCUGAAUUUAUUUUAAGUUCAACUGAUAACACCAGUACCAGUACAGUACAGUACCAGUGCUACCAGUAGUACCACCAGUACCACCAGUAGCUCCAGUAUGGUGGAUCCAUUUCCAUGAACACUACUAUGUUAAUAUUUAUGUUAUUUAGAUUAUUUAAAGUAUUUAUCUGAUCAAUCGUCUUCAUGAGGUGUAACACCGAGGCCAGGCGGUGGUUUUCAAAGUAAAGCUCACUGAUUAUUCAUUAUUAGAGGUCGUUGCUUCGUCGUUGUCUCAUGAACUUUGUGAACUUUAACUUCUCCACUUUGGGUCAAUGUGCCAUAACAAAUAUAAAGUGUAAAUAUGAAAAGACAAUGAAGUGAAAGGGCCAGACCCGUGUUUCAGCUGGAGACCCGAUCAAUACCCGUGAUCAAUACCAGUGGUGUCACUGUGUUAAUGUCACUGGUGCAUCUGAAGGACUCCAGUGUGUAAGGGGAGGAGCCUGUGAGAGCAGCGCUGGCCCUUUAAGAGAACCUGCAGGCGGGUUCUGCUGCUCCUCGACUGUUAUUGAUCAGAUAUUCUGUUAUUGAUCAGAUAUUCUGUUAUUGAUCAGAUACUCUGUUAUUGAUCAGAUGAAUAUGAGCUCAUGUUUUGUAUGAAGGAGGAGGUGUGACGUAUUGAUUGGUGACUUGUUGUGAUCUCAUUCUGCUGAAGUAUUUAUGUUCUGGAUAUAUUGAUCUCAGAGGAGUAAAUAACGUGUUGGUGUCUUUGUUGUAGUCAAUUAUGAAAAGAUUAUUAUUAUUAUUGUGUGUUCUGCUGUCAGUGAUGUCAAUAAAAACGUGUCGCAAACGCA